AUGAGACCUCUAGAACUCAUUCUUGAAUUUGGGCCAGGUCGUCGGCGUCGAGUCAAGAAACAAGAGCCAACGGAUGCUACCUCGCCGGAGCUGGAGGUUCUUCGUCACCUGUGCUUAAGGUGGGUGGUGGAGUUGGAUGUUCCAGAUAGUCUUCUCGAUGAGCUGGGAUCGGCCGGUAAUGGCUCCGGUGACCUGCUACCGGAUGAGUUAAACCAGAUUUGGAGUAAAUUGAUUUCCAAUAACUUCCUGGUGAAGAAGAUGAUUCAGGUGGGGAUCGGUUCCCCCUCUUUUUUUUUUGCUUUUCUUUGCUGA